CACAAGUCCCAUUUUGGGUACCCAAAUGGAUUGGAUUAGGAGUUUUGGUCCAAAAACUAAGCGUUUCAACUUGUAUGACACAACAGGUAUUAAGCAAGAACUGGAUAAAACUAUCAUAUCGGUGGUUUCAUCGGAUAAAGACUUUUACAAGGAUAACUUCUAUAUCAACCUGAAAAUAAUAUUAGGAUUCACCUCCUUAGGAGUCGCUGGAUUGGUUUAUUCUUUUUCCUGUCCAACUCAACAGUGUCAAGUCAAAACUUUUGUAUCGGUGAUAACCUUUUUUCUCCUAUCUUUGUUGGGUCCUUGGUUCAUACAAAGUUGGGAAAACAAGGCUAUUGUAUUUGGGACUCUACACAACUAUAAAGUAAGAAUAGAAACCAAACUUGGUCGUUACGACAACUGCUUUGAAGCUACUAUCGAAGUUGUCAAAGGUACUCAACAAAAACAAUUCCAGUGGACUGUUCCUUACAACAACUAUUUCAACACCAACGGGGUUUUCCUUGAACAAAAUUUUCAGGCAGCGUUUCUAAAAUUUUACGAGGAUAGUAAAGCAAAUACAUAUUAGGAUACCACGUCGUCAUCUUUGUGUAAGGGUUUACAAGUACUUAGGCAGUCAUCAAUAAGUUGUCGCAACUUGCUAUUUUCCAAAGCAGCAAAUACUCUUUCCUUAUCACGUAGUUGUUUGGUUAUUUCUUCGUCGGAUUCGUGGGUAUUGUCACAAACUUUGAUAUCAAGUUUAUACCCUAAAGGGAGCAGAUUCUCGUCUCGAAUGCGGGCUAAAAUACAAAGUCCAAUAAGUGAAGCUAAACUACAAUGGGGAACAGUUGGUGUAAAUUCAAUCUUUACUAAGCCUUUCAGCCGGUUUCCUUUUGAACCGUGAACAACUACGAUGGAGUGAGGAUCAACCACUGACAGUUGUUCCAGAGAAUAGGGAUGCUCAGGGUCACGAAUAUCUCUAAUAGCCUCUAUUCACACUUAGUAUUGAACUAGAUUUUUAUUAUCCUUACCUACCAAAUAUCUUAUCUUCUAAAGGAGCGUUUGAAGACAACUCUUGUCGUCUCUCAUUAGAUAAUCGAACUUGAGGAUAAGGAUUGUCCAUUCCAAAAGCACUUGAUGGAAAAUACAAUUUGUCUUACCUUUUUAUUUGGCUUUGAUCGAAGUCUUCUUCCACACUCAUCUUGUAUUAGAGAUACAGACUAUGUGAAUUACUUGUUCUCUCGACAACAAAUACUUGGAAAGUAUGUAAAUGGACGAA